UUGUUCUCGGGCAGCGGAGGUGCGGGAGGUGGCGUAGUCGCCAGCUGCGCGUCGAAGAGGGUCUGCCUGCCAGCGCAGAGCGAGAGCAGCCGGAUCUAGGCCGACAUCUGACCGCACUGUUCGUUCCCAGCUGGCUGGGGCGCUGCAUACUGGGGCAAGAUGUCGAAUCUUCCGUGUGGAAUGCUGCUUUUGGAGAAAAUGGGAUGGCUUCCCAGGCCCUAUAGCACCAUGAGAAACGCUAGCUUCAAGUGGCUGGUGUUCGUGCUGACCUUCCUGACGUACACGUCCUACCAUGCCUCCCGCAAGCCUAUCUCAGUAGUGAAGAACGUGCUCAACAUGAACUGCACCGCCAAAGACCCGGCAUACUACAUCAACACUACGGCACAUCCUCACUGGUGCGACUGGAAACCAUUCGAUGGCGAGGAUUCCAAUACUCUCCUCGGAUUCCUCGACUCGUCCUACCUCUUCAGCUACGCAUUCUUCAUGUUCUUCAGCGGGCUGCUGGCCGAGCGGAUGGACCUGCGCUACUUUCUCUCGCUCGGCAUGCUCAUGUCGGCCGUGUUCGUCUGGCUGUUUGGCGCCGCCUACUACUGGAACGUGCACUCUUUGGCCUUCUUCAUCAUCAUCCAGGUGGCCUGCGGCAUCUUCGAGGCCUCGGGCUGGCCGGGCGUGGUCACCGUCAUGGGAAAUUGGAACGGCAAGAGCAAGCGCGGGCUGAUUUUCGGCAUCUGGAACUCCCACACGUCCGUCGGCAACAUCCUAGGCUCGCUGAUGGCGUCCGCCUUCGUCGACUAUAACUGGGGCCUCUCGUUCAUCGUGCCGAGCGCCUUCAUCGCCGGCUGCGGCGUGUUGAACUUCCUGUUCCUGACGCCGUACCCCACGGAGGCCGGCUGCGACCCGCCCCCGGCGCCGGAGCCGUCGCUGCUGGAGGAGUCGGUCACGUCCGCGCCGGGCUCCCCGCGCGCCGCGCACGUUGCCGUCCACGCCGGCCCCACCGGGUACGGUAGCUUUGGGCCCGGCCGCGGCGCCGCUUGCCAGCCGCACAGCGCUUCCGAGGGCGAGCGCCGACCUCUGCUGAGUCAGCCGGCCGACUCCAGCGACGAUCAGAGCGAGCUCGACCCGUCUCCGAAAGCUGAGCUGACCGUCAACGGAGACGUCGUCGCCCCGCGGCAGGAGGACAAGGCCAUCAGCUUCUUCCAGGCCAUCCUCAUACCGGGCGUCUUGCCGUUCUCCAUCUGCCUGUUCUUUGCCAAGCUGGUGAGCUACACGUUCCUGUACUGGCUCCCUCGCUACCUGCACACUGCCGCCGACUACAGCCCGAGUGAGAGCGCCAACCUCUCGACGCUGUUCGACGUAGGCGGCAUCGUGGGUGGCAUCCUGGCUGGCUUCUUCAACGACUGGACCGGCGCACCCGGCAUUGUCUGCGUCAUCCUGCUGCUGAUCGCCAUCCCCGUGAUGUUCGUGUACCAGGCGGUGGCGACAGUGAGCCACGGCCUCAACACGUUCAUGCUGCUGGUGGUGGGCCUGCUGGUGAACGGGCCGUACGCGCUCAUCACCACUGCCGUGUCGGCCGACCUCGGCACCUCGCUGCAGGGCAACUCCAAGGCGCUGGCUACCGUCACCGCCAUCAUAGACGGCACCGGCUCGGUCGGCGCCGGCCUCGGCCCGCUGCUGGCCGGCGCCGUCUCCUCCGGCGACAACUGGACCGGCGUGUUCGUUAUCCUGAUGUGCGCCGACGCCGUCGCCAUCCUGUCACUGGGCUGGGUGCUUAAGCACGAGGUGCUCGCGAUCCUGGACCGGCGUCGGCAGCGGCGCGACGCGCUGCCGGCCUAGAGCCCGGCCGCAGCGCCCGAGGCGUCGAACAGAGCGGCGGUGCGCUGGCUGGCCCGCUCCGGUCCUGGGUCACGGCCGGCGGCGGUGCGCCGGCUCUGUGAGCCGCGUCGGAGACCCGCCAGACCCGCUGGAGACUCACUGAGGACCCGCCGGAGACUCGCCGGAGACCCACCGGAGACCCGCCGGAGACCCGUUGGAGACCCGCCGGAGACCCGCCAGAGAGCCGCGGAAGACUCGCUGCUGAGGACCGGCCGGCCGCGACGGCGUCGGA